GUAUUCUAGCUCACUGUUGUUUAAACAUCCCGUGUGAAAUGGCGAAAAAUACGUCCAGCUCUGCAUUCCGUAAAAUCGAUGUUGAUCAGUACAAUGAGGACAACUUCCGAGAGGAUGACGCAGAUCAGGCCUCCAGUGGGAUGAUUGUCCCAGAUGAGAACGAAAUUACUACUUUGCUCAAUCAAGGAAGAAACCUCGAUGCAUUGAAGACAGUUUUACAAAAUGCGCCUGUAUUGUGCAAGAAUCAGCAAGUAAAGGAUAACGCACUAAAUUUAACUUUGAAAGUGCUGCUGUCGAUCAAGUCAUCGCAGAUUGAUGCUGCCAUCGAAUCACUAGAUGACCCGGAGCUGUGGGAUGUGCUGAUGAAGUAUAUUUACCGUGGAUUCGAAAUUCCAUCCGAAGGGUCCAGCGGACAUUUGCUGACCUGGCACGAGAAGGUUUUCGCCAAGGGUGGCGUUGGUAGCAUCGUGCGGGUGUUGUCCGAUAGUGCCCGCGCUUAGAAUGGAACCCGAGGGACAUCUGGAUUGUACGUGUAAUAUCCGAAAUAUUUGGGAAAAUACUGCCCUUGUGUAUGAGGCACAGAGUAACUGUAAACUGGCUUCAAGCAGGGUAAGUGUGCAAGUUUUCAACCCAAGUGAUCCUCUUUUUGGCCAUACCUUAAAUUUCAUUUUUUUUUUUCAUUUAAUUUCGUGGCAAGGUUAGAAGACAACAU